UCUCCGAACGCUAACAAAACUCGACAGUGGUCUUCUCUGCCUCCAAAAUUAGGGUUUCGGCGCGGCGGAUCAAAUUGCUGCGAUGGAAACCCUAAUUCCCCAGGUCUCCCGCCUCCUGAGCGACACCCUGAGCCCGGAGAAGGCCCUUGUCUCGUCCUCCACCGACGGCCUCGAUCGCCUAUCCACCCUCCCCCACUUCCCACUCUCCCUCAUCGCCAUCGCCACAGGAGGCGACAGCCAAGGGCUAAGAUUGGCUGCGGCCACUUAUUUAAAGAACUUCACGAGACGCCACAUGGACGAAGACCCAUCUAAUCCUGAACUGCAUAAUGAGUUCCGGAACCAGCUUGCCCUCGCUUUGCUCCAAGUGGAACCUGCAGUUCUGAAAGUUCUAGUUGAAGCUUUUCGCUUGAUUGUCGGCAAAGACUUUGUGAAGGAGAAUUCAUGGCCUGAACUUGUCCCUGAACUAAAAUCAGUAAUUCAAAGCAGCAAUCUCAUUUGUCCAAGUGCAUCUUCCCAGUGGAACACCAUAAAUGCGCUUACAGUACUUCAAACGGUCAUUAGACCAUUUCAGUACUUUAUGAAUCCGAAAGUUCCAAAGGAACCUGUGCCAUCACAGUUGGAGCUGAUAGCAAAAGACAUUCUUGUACCUUUACAAGCAACAUUCCGUCACUUCAUUGAUAAGGCUUUAUUGCUUCAAGACAGGAUACAAGUAGAAUUUGAACAAAUCCUUCUUCUCAUAUGCAAGUGCAUGUAUUUUGCUGUGAGGUCAUAUAUGCCAUGCGCAUUGAGUCCACUUUUGCCUUCUUUUUGCUACGACUUGUUCCGGAUACUGGAUUCAUUAAGUUUAGAUGGUACUUCUUCCGAAGAUGGAUCGGUGCUGAGGCUGAAGACUGCAAAAAGAAGCUUAAUAAUUUUUUGCACUUUGGUCACUCGUCAUCGGAAGCAUACUGACAAGCUGAUGCAGAGCAUUGUUAAUUGUGCUUUCAAACUAGCCAAGCAGAGCACUUGCAUUGCUGUUAUGCAGAAGCUCGAUCCCUUGUCAGAGCGGAUUGUUUCAUUGGCAUUUGAUGUAAUUUCUCAUAUAUUGGAGACAGGCCCUGGAUGGAGACUUGUAUCACCACAUUUUUCUUCCCUUUUGGAUUCAGCAAUCUUUCCUGCGUUAGCAUUGAAUCAGAAGGAUUUACUGGAAUGGGAAGAAGAUACUGAUGAGUACAUACGGAAGAAUCUCCCAUCUGACCUUGAUGAAAUUUCAGGAUGGGCUGAGGACUUGUUUACAGCAAGAAAAAGUGCAAUUAAUUUACUUGGUGUUAUUGCAAUGUCAAAGGGUCCACCUACCGCAUCUUCAGUUUCUAAACGCAAGAAAGGUGACAAAAGUAAAGGAAGUCAUCAGAGAUCUGUUGGGGAAUUACUGGUGAUACCAUUUAUAUCCAAGUUUCCCAUGCCCCCUGAGGGGGAAGAGGCAUCAUCUAAGAUAUUGAGCGAUUAUUAUGGUGUUUUGAUGGCAUAUGGAGGUCUGCAAGAUGUAAGCUUUCUUCCCCUUUUUGACAUAUUUAUCUUAACCAAGUUUUAUAAGCCAAGGGAAAUGAUUCUUCAGUUGUUAAACUAUCUUCUCUUACAGUUCUUAAGCGAGAUAAGUUCAGCAUAUGUGACUACUUUGGUUCGCAAUCGAGUACUUCCACUAUAUUCAUUGUGUAAAUGCUCUCCAUAUUUGAUUGCUACAGCAAACUGGGUCAUAGGAGAGCUUGCAUCCUGUCUUCCUCAGGCUUUGAAUGCAGACAUCUAUAGUUCAUUAAUGAAGACAUUAACCAUGCCAGACAUUGGCAAUAUUAAUUGUUAUCCUGUCCGUGCUUCUGCUGCUGGGGCAAUUGCAGAACUUCUUGAAAAUGAUUAUAUUCCACCUGACUGGCUCACCCUCUUGCAACUCUUGGUUAAUGGGAUGGGUAGUGAAGAUGAAAGCGAGGCUUCUCUUUUGUUUCAGCUUUUAGGUACUGUGGUUGAGGCUGGGCAAGAGAAUGUGGCUACUCAUAUUCCUGUGAUUGUGUCCAGUAUUGCUGGUGCUAUUACAAAGCACCUACCUCCUAUCCCAGAGCCAUGGCCUCAGGUGGUUGAGCGGGGCUUUGCUGCAUUAGCAGUGAUGGCCCAAACUUGGGAGGAUUGUAUACCAGAUGAAACCAAGAAGCAACAAAAUCAGGAGUGGCAGUGUGGCCGGGCAGCCAUUGCUAGGACAUUUUCAAGUUUGUUGCAACGGGCUUGGCUCAUAACUUUGAAGCCUAUGGAUGCAGCAAUAUGUAGUACAUCACCACCUCCAUCAUCCAUAGAUGAUGCUUCUGCAUUGCUUGGAUUUAUUAUGCAGUCUGUUAUUACAAUGGAAGAAGUUACAGAAUUGAAAAUUACGGAGCUAUUAGCAGUAUGGUCUGAUCUGAUUGCGGAUUGGCAUGCUUGGGAAGAGAUUGAAGACUUGGCAAUUUUUAGUUGCAUCAGGGAAGCUGUCAAUUUACAUAGAAGAGUUGACUAUAUGAAUUUUUUCAUGAGAAGGAUGUCAUCUCAUAUUUCUUCAGGUUCAACAUGCACCAUUAUCGAAGGCAUCUCUGCUUUUGUCACUAAGGCCAUAACAGCAUACCCAUCUGCGAUGUGGAGAGCUUGUUCAUGUGUGCAUGCAUUAUUAAAUAUUCCACGAUUCUCAUUUGAGACAGAAACUGUCAAACAGUUGAUUGCAGUUGCCUUUGCACAGGAAGCAUUUUCUCGUUUCAAAGAUAUGCAUAACAAGCCUGCUGCGCUUUGGAAGCCUCUGUUGUUGGCUAUUUCAUCAUGCUAUCUAUCUUAUCCUGAAAAAAUCAAGCAAAUUCUUGAAAAGGAUGAGGAUAAUGGUUUCUUGUUAUGGGCAUGUGGGUUGGCUCAUGUCUCGAGUAGCUCUUUUGAACCUUCUCUGUCAUCAGAGUCUGAGAUCAAGUUAGCUGUGAUAACAUUAGCAAAGGUGGUCGAGCAGCUUCUGGGGUCUCCUUCAGAUGGUGACAGUAAGCUAUUGGGGGAUUGCUUUGUGUCACUGAUGGAGGCAUGCCUACAUCUGAAAGAUGUUGGGCAGGAGGAUGAGGAGGAUGAUGGUGCAGAAGACAUAGACAAUGAAGCUUCAGAUGAAGAGAGUGAUGACGAUGAGGAUUCUGAGGAGGAUGAGCAUGAGGAGACAGAAGAAGAAUUCUUUGAGAGAUACGCGAAAGCAGCUGAUGAGUUGAGUGAGAUAGUGGAAGAAGGAGAUAUAGAAGAUGAGGGACAGGAGCUUGAACUGGGUUCGUUGGAUGAAGUUGACAUACAAAAGACUGUGCUUUCACUAAUACAGAAACACCGCCCAAUCCUCAUACAAGCGCAAGCAUUACCAUUGCCAUCUAGUGUGUUCCAAAGGGUGCUGAACGCAUUUCCGGAAUAUGGCUUGUUAUUCCAAGCCUCCUGAUGGGAAUCGUUGCAUCAGAAUUUGUAACACAUUCAGAUACCUGUGGUUAAAUCAAUUUCUUCUCUUCCCGAUUCCUUUGUUUUGUCACUGUACAUUGUUGAGUUGUAUAUUUUGUUUAUUGAUAUAUAUAUCUGUUUUUGCUUUGUCCUUUAAUCUCACUGACUUGUUAAGCUGCC